AUGUGGCUACUGCUGCCACCGCUUUUGCUGGUCUCUGUAUGGGCCCAAGAAACCAGCAUUGAACCCCAGCCUGGAAUGGUGAUAGCACAGCGGUUGGCUGAGACCUUACCUCGUCUUCCUAACGUGAUAUCCAGUCAGAUGGAGGGUAAACCUGAAGAGUUGAGAAGCAUGAUUUCACACAUGUUGGGGGAUGGUCUGAUUAGUCAGCUGGUUACGAAUCCACUUGGGGUGGCUGAAGGAAUGGGAGUUCAGCUCAGCAACCUUGGGAUCAACAAAACCGAUGUUGAGAAAAAGAUGCUGUUGGGAAGUGGGAAUUCUAGCGCCCUUCCUCUGUUUCCAUUCACCGUGCAGCCUCCCAAAACAACUACGAAAAUGAUGUAUCUGGAUGGUGUUCCAAUCAAAGAUUUUGACCAGUUUGUCAGGAAUAGAAACUUAGAAGAUCAUUUCUCUACCAAGCAGCCACCAACAACAACUACUCCUAUUCCAUCGGCUAAUGAUAUCGCGGCAGCUGUUUAUGAUAAACUGAAGACUUCUAUACCAACUUCCAUACCACAGCCACCAGCAACGGAGAGGAAAUUCCCAGUGACCGAUGAAUUCUCCAGAAAUCUUGAUGUUGCCAUGAUUGACCCAUCAAGACUUCAAGAAGUGAAUACACUUCUGAGAAGAGCGCCACAACGAUAUGAGAAUCCUCUUGCUCACGCUGCUGGACCUUUCAUGCAGACUCUCGAUCCAGAAGUUGAUGAAGUAGUGACUAGCCUUCGCACUGGCAGCGCUAUGGAUGUUGAGGAGCAAGAACUCGAGCUACAGCGCAGAUCUAUGGAAAUUCAACUACGAGAACAGCUGAAUCAGUGGCAUAACUCAUUCAGUAAUGUCAAGGAUCGGAACUCUCUUCUGGUGCCCAUGGACUUACCUGAACUUUCUGCUCCAGCAAGCAGUUUGGUUGCUCAGCCUCCAGCACCAAUGGAAAUGCUUCCAGAAACAACCAAACUCCCACAUGUGGAAAUCCCGAAAGAGUUACCAACCAUACCAACUACGAUGUCCACAGUCAUGACCCCUCCAGCUUUUUCUAUGGAGGAGGAAGAAGAAGAAGAGGAAGAACCAGCACCAGCUGUAGGCACAAAUCAAGUUUGGCCAAAAGUCUUGGUGCCACCACAUGGCAAAAAUGUUCGGCUAGCGCCUAGAAGAUCAGCUUUUGAACAAGAAGCAGAAGACUCAGAUGAAUUUACAUCUGCUUGCGAAUGUCAGCAGAUAUCCCUACAGCAGAUGAAAGGAAGAUGGUCCGUUGCACUCGCAUCAAAAUCCCUCCUGGAAAAGGUCCAAGCAAAGCUGGCAUCUAUCCUGCCAAACAGUAGAGAUCACGAGCUUAGCUGCAGUAGAGCUGUUGUUUGUGUUCUGAAGCACUCUGGUGGUGUCGAAUAUGAGUACAUGUUGGUCACAAAUGGAAAUGGACCAUGCCGAGAAGCUGCCUUACUCGUCCGAAACCCUGAUGUGUUCUUUGACAAAGACAACAGCGAUCUUAUCAAUUAUUUGAAGGAUAAGAUCAGCAGCGAUGAACUCGAAACCUUAGAUAUAGUGCCAUUCGCAAACGACUGCUCCUAG